CAGAUCGGUUAUAUGCAACCUCUAUAUAUUAAAAUAUAUAGAGAGACAUAUUAUUUGCUCCCCAACUAAACACCCUCCAGCAUCAACUAUGAAAUAGUUGUCAAAUGUCAAAUUAACUAUAACCAAUACCACAAAUUAAUAUAAUCUAGAAUACUACCGCUAAAAAUGGCAACCGCAACGACAGCAGUAACCGCCUCAGCCCCCCAUCUCUCCGCCAACGACUCCGCCGUCCUCCAAGCCCUCUUCGACGCCGAAUCUUCCCUUUCAAACGCUUCUACCGGAAUCCACCUCGACUCUUCCCUUCCUCAGCAGCUCCCCGGCAUAUCCCCCGCCGAACUCUCAAAACUACAAGCGCUGGAACGCGCCGCGAUACUCCCCUUGCAGGCAGAGACAACAGGCAGAGACACAAUCAGAGAUGCCAACAAGAUAAGAGCGGCCGUGGCGAAGCUGACAGCCAUCAUUGAGGAGAACAAGGGGUAUGCGUCUGCGUAUGUGAAUCGGGCACAGGCGGCGAGGAUGCUGGUAGAGAGUGGGAUGGAUGGGAACGAGAAGGAUGAGGAGGAGCAAAGGGAAUUGGCAAACAUGAUCUUCGCCGACCUCUCGACGGUCAUUUCACUACUUAGCCCAUCUCCUUCCUCUUCCUCGUACUCUCCCUCCCUCUCUUCCGCAUCACAGCAUCCAUCCCCCCUCAGCCCCCUCCACGCCCGCAUCCUCGCAAACGCCCACACCCACCGCGCCUACAUCGUCUACCGCGCCGCGCGGGCCCUCGACUCCAAACCAUCUCCUCCCUCUAAGAAGAAGAAUAAUAAUAAUAGUAAUAAUAAUAAUAAUGAUAAUACUACCCCUGGCACUGCCACACUAACAACUCUACCCGUGCACCUCCGCGACAAAUCCGCCCAGCACCUGGAGGAGAUGGCCAGUAUGGAUUUCCAGUUGGGCGGGCGGUAUGGGAACGAGAUUGCGCGCCAGAUGGCGGUUAAGACGAACCCGUAUGCGAAGAUGUGUGGGGCGAUUGUUAAGGAGGCGAUGAGGAAGGAGAUGAUGGUUCACCGGGGGGAGGGGGAGGGGGAGGGGGAGGGGGAGGGUUUUGUGGUGUAGAUAUAUGUCGGGGGUAUGGUGGUGGUAGUGGUGCAUUUGUUUGUUUGGUUGAGUCGUUGCCUUUUUUAUGUAUUGUUUAUUCUGGGGGAGGUACACACAGUAUAUAUGUAACUUAAUAAUGUAUUAGAUUAGAUUGCAGUGAUUGAUUGGCAUUGGGUGUGGUGGUGGUAUCUGGCUAAGAUGCACAGUUCGGAAGAAGUUGAAUAUCAUAAAUCAAAUCGUCCACUUUAACUAUUCCUUGCUAUUGAAGUAAAAUACGUAACAACGUGAGUGAUAUAUCGAAAUUGUCGAAAAUAGCUACUAACCCACUCA